AUGCAGCUAAGAAUCCUUGAACCUAACGAAAAGGAAACGCAGAAGCCCUCGAAGAAGAAAAUGGCUCCUGGAACCUCAAGGCGCCGGAAGAAAUCUAGAUACAAGAGGUGUGUAAUUUCUUAAUUUUCUUUUAAUGCUUUAACAACUCAAAUAAUGGUGGAUGAAAAUAAUGGGUUUUAAAAUUAGGCUCUCCUCCUUAUUAUUUCAUUUUAUUGUUUUUGGUGGUUGCUCAAACAACAGCCAGAAAUCUUCAAACAUUUCCUCUGCACACAGUGUACAUCGAUGUGGCUUGCAUUUUGUAGGACUGAACUUGUCGAACCACGCUUGAAAAGCUUUACUUCAGCUGACUCAUGUAUAUUCUAUAACGAGGACAUUUAUUCCCUUUUGGGAUUAAAAGACUGAAGAAAAAAGAGAUGUAAAAAUUCUGCUCUGCAGUAAAGAGUUUGUGAGAUUUACAGGAAGUGAAGUUGCACAAUUGCCGACUGUUACUGUAAGAGGUGUCAAAACAAGCUUACGUAUUUUGAAUUCGUUCGCGUUGUAAUCAUAUUAUGACGCAGUCGUUUUAAGUGUCAAUUUUAAAAACGUUUUGAAGUCAUUGGGGUGGUUGCUUAAAAAAAAUUCCAAACUUUUAACUCUGCCUGAUAAUAUUUUUUGCUGAAAAUACGUUGUCGGCAUGACAUGUAUCAAAUUAUAGAUGACCACGCAUUUAUCUUUAUAAAUAGAAAAUUCUUGAUCUUUGCUUCAAAAUUGUGUAGGAGUGACUGAUGAUAAAAAAAAUCCCCAAGUUUCGUAUUAAUGAUGUCAAAUCAGCAAAUCAUCUGCAUUUCUUUCAUUCUUUGUAGCUUCCAACCGACAAAGUAUUUUCCAUACUUAUAAAUUAGUCAUGAUAAUCCAAGAAAAGUAGAAAGUAAUGAAAAGCGCAAAGGUGGGCAUACACUAGGGUUCAUUUCCAUUUUUAGAUUAACAAUUCACGAGUCGUUGAGGAGAAUACGAAAAUAAACAAAAUUAAACUAUAAUAAAUACACAAACAGAAAGAGUUGAUCUAACUAGAACAUACUAUUUAACUGAUUGAAGGCAAACCAUUUGGCCACAUAUUAGGAGCUUCUAGUCCUAAGGGGUUGAAUUAAGGACUGAUAAAUUUAAGUGGAAGUGAGCAAAGUUAAAUGAUGAAAUGGAAGUGACACCACAAGCUCUUAAAAUAAACAAGAGAUAAGACAACACUCCUUUAUUUAUGAACCCACACAAGUACGGAAAGGACAAUGAUUGUUUGUACCAACUGGUUUGAAGGUAUAGAUUUCACCAUAUGUUCGUAAAAAAAUUAAGCGCAGUCCUGUGUGCUCUGUAAUUAGAUAUGAUGAUGGAAAAAGCUGUUUUGUUGUCAUUCAGAUCUGAAACAGGUGUAAAAAAAUCACUAAUAGUGCUAUAGGCAUAUAGAGUAUCUCCUUCAGAUAAAAAUAAAUGAAAUGAAUUGCAAUGUAGACACUACAGCAAUAAUAUUAAAAGGUUAACAUUUCAGCCAGUAUUAUUAGUCUUCUUCAGGACAAAUGUUCUUCACAAAGAUGUAAUUUUUACUAUUAUACCUUUCAGACCUCCUGUUUGUUCUUCCAGUAAAUUUUUUAUGUUUAUUAUCAUCAAUAUUUAACACAGCAUUUCUUUCAUACACGCUAGUUGACUAUUAAUCAUUGUUCAUGUUGUAUUGGCUUGUAUUGACCCUUUUCUUUCCUAGAGCUGAUCAAAAUGGAAUUGCUCCACCCAUUCACCUUAACCCUUUGACUCCCAAGAUCUUGUUAGUAAUUCUCCUUACUGUCUGCCAUAUAGUUCUUGUGAUGUUAGUUUAGAUAAUUUGGUAUUGGAUAAGCUAAUAAUCCCAUAAUUAAUAUUUUUCUUUAUUCCCAUUACUUGUCUGCUUGAUAUUGUAUUGAUAUUUUGGGGAGAAAUUCUGUCUUGGUCAAUCAUGGGAGUUAAAGGGUUAAAUUCUCUAAGAAGAAAGGAGAUGAAAAAAAAGAAAAACGUCAACUAGGGUACGUUAUUGAAUGUCAUACCAAAUUCGCUGGGCUAAAAUUAGAUGAAAUGUAUGACGGACAGUAAGGAGAACUGAUAAGAAGAUCUUAGUAAUGAAAGUAUCAAAGAAUUUGAAUGUACUAUAACUAUGACGUAACCUCCGCUGCCUGUAAUUUGCUUUACAAAAUACGUCAGAAGUCUGAACACUUUUUAACUUCCUUUGUGGUAUGAUAAUUGGAUUGAAAAGCUUUCAGUUUUCUUAGUUACAAUGUACAAACUGCCAAGGUCACUGCUUCAAGCUCAAGGUUUACAGAAGUCGUAACACUUUUUAACUUCCUUUGUGGUAUGAUAAUUGGAUAGAAAAGCUUUCAGUUUUCCUAGUUACACUGUACAAAAUGCCAAGGUCACUGCUUCAAGCUCAAAGUUUCCGUUUGGCAAUGAAAAAUGUAAAAAAAAGGGGAUUGGAAUUUAACUUAACACUUACACAUCUGAGGAGAAAAAAGCAACAAAACUCAACUUAACAAAUAAUUUUUCAUAGAAAAUAUUCCACUGAGUUUGACUCUAGAUCACAAAAAUUAAAAUAUUGAAACUAACAGUGAGAACUUACUACGUGAUUGCGGAAAAUAAUUUGUCAAUUUGCCACUUUUUGCUAAGAAUUAGAGGAUAUAAUUUUUUUAUUCACUAUGGUGACCAUAAUAAUCACAGCUUGGAUUGCAUGCUUCUAGCAUCACAGUGGUCUUCUCGAUUGAUCAAUGUUGCAUGGUUACACCUGUGCGAAGAGUAGGAGUAUGAUGGGAUUAGAGAGAGAAGACAAACAAGAUCUCCACUAUUAAGAUUCCAAGCUAUAAUAAUUUUAAAAAUCCUUGGACUCCUGAGUGUGACUAGCAUCUAAUUUCUCCUUAGAAUAUCAACCACGAUUCAAACCCUAAGGUCGAGAAAAUCUAAUUUAAGAAGCUCUUGAUCGAGUGACACAUUCUCCUUGUCAGUACUAAAGGAAAAUGAUAGAAACCAGUGUGGAGAAUAUUUACACAAAUGUCAGUGUUAGGGUUAAAACUAAUGCCAUGCUUGGAUUAAAGGUUUAAGAGUCUGGUUGAUUUUGUUUAGUGGGAGAGAGGGAUUUUAAUUAACAUUCACGGAAUUCCCCAACAGCAUGAUCAAGAUAAAAGCUCCAAAAAGAAGGAAAUAACUAGCUAGAAAUUGUUUUGGUUUGAAUGCGCAGGUCUAAGUUAUUCCUAAUUCCAGCACAUUACGGGAGAAAAUGAAAAUUAUUGCUCAAAUGAACAUUCACAGCAAGUCAUAUGCCAAUCAACUUUACUUUGUUUUUUUUUGUAAUAGAUUAUAAAAAGCACAAUCUGAAUUAUUUUUAGCAAGUGAACAGCUUCUUUCAUUUUUUAAAUAUUUUCAAAGUAAACAGUUCACCAUGAAUUAUCAUUGCAUAAUUUGAGAAAGGUCAAAAAUGAAAUAUCUCAAAUGAUGUAGCUUUUAUCAUGCAGAAAACUCCUCUAACACAUGUCAUCAAAUCUGUUGAGAGGGAAAGUUUUGUUUUGGUAUGGUACUUUCGUGAGUCUCCAGAACUCACAGACUAUAGUGUAAUCAGAUUAGUUGAAGACUCAAACACACUUUGUUUAAUCAAAGGCCUCUUUUUAAUGUUGGAGUGAUAUUCAUCUACCGCUUCUUGUAAGGUUCCAGGAGGGAAGAUGAAUUCCCCAUUUAAGCAAAAGUCAACAUUUGACAAGGGAAGCAAGACUAUUUUAAAAUCUUCCGACAUGCUUUCUAGCCUAACACAUCAUGAUCCCAAUUUGUACUGUUAUGUAACCCUUUCAAUUCUAGGAGAGAUCAAGAAGGAAUUUCCCUUUACAGUAUCAAUACAUUUUCAAGCAGAAAAUUGGAGUGAAGGGAAAAAAAGUAUAAACUAGGGAUAUUGUUUGAUUAAACACUAAAUUUUCAGAGCUAAAAUGAGAAGAAAUGUAUGUUACAUUGUUGGGAGAACUGAUUUAGGGAUCUUGAAAGUAUUUAAGGAUUGAAAAGAUUAAGGGGAUAAAGCAGUUUUUGAAUUAAUUCUUAGUUUUAAUUACCCACCUCCUCAGGGGAAAAGAAAGUGUCUGUGUUUUUAAUCUAAAUGACCACAUUAACAUAUUUCAGCCAUUAAAUAUAUAUAUAUAUAUAUAUAUAUACCAAAAAUAACUUGCAUCCUACAUAAAAACAUAUGAAAAAGGGUAUCUGUUCAUAUGUCAAAGAAAAUGCAGCAAGUUUUGAUAGCAAGAUAAAGCUAAAUCUUUUUCACUUCUUUUUUACCAUGCUACAAACAGGUUGUUCUUCUCUCUUCAUUAGUUUCUAAUGUAUCGUAUGAUUGUAACAAAGUUUCAGUAUGACCUUUGGAUGCAAGUCGGUUGAAUAUCUAAUUUGCAUUGUAAACACAGAGCUCUUCCGUGUUAACUAUUUGUGUUCCUGCUCUCUCUAUUAGUUUGCUUUAAACUUCCAUAAUGGACUUCUGAUUGUGAUGCAAGAAACUUCCUCUUCAGUUUUGAAAAUGAAUUUGAAGUUGAUGUAUAAAACUUAUGCUUAUACACCUUGUUCCUAUUUGGUUUUCAUUUCUUAAUCUGCAAGUUAUCUUAGUUUAAAAGGUUAAAGCUGCUAUACAGUGUGCAAAACCAAGGACAUUUUUCAUCAGUUUGAACAGUUUGGUGAAAGUUCAGUGUUGUACCUCAUCGCUAUUUUCAGUGACUCUAACCACCUAAUUAAACUCUGUUUUGCAUGAAAAAAAAACACAUUUUCUUUGUAAAUACGAUAAGAGGUGGCUUUGCGAUAGCCUAACUUUCAUUUCUCACAAGUUUGAAAUUUCUUUUUAAGAGCGUCGUUAAAACUCAAGCUCGAAUUUUUUCACUUGAUCGAGAGAUUGUCAUCAGGUAUAGCACUCACCCGUUUCGAGAGAGAAAACAACUGGGGUUGUUGACAUACGCCAAAUAAGCAAGUUUUAACUCUAACCCGAUCCACUUAAGAUAUUGUACCAUUGUAUUCAAAAAGCUAAAUUUAGAACACCAAGAGUUUAUAGAACCCAUUAGGAAAUUCAUCGACUCGUAUCAAAUAUUCGGACUUGCGGGGGAGGAGGGGGUCGUGUAGUUGAUUCGGAAUGUUCCGGUUUUACAUCGAUCAAAGUAAAUAUUUGCUUUGCUAUUCUUUACCUUAAAUCGUUGUGUCUUAAACGGAAGUUCUUGCAUUCAGCUUCAGUUAGGCGGUUUCUUUCCGUAUCGAUAACCUACAUGAGUUGUAACAAAUUAGUCGCUACCGGCUUGAACCUGUUUUGACGCCGCUCUUCCUAACAAUUUCACACGCUAUUCAAGUCCAUUGCAUUGUUUUCUUGAUCACCGGAAACGUGUAUUCAUGUUGUCUUUUGUUUCUUUAAGAAAAAAAAAACACGCAUACAUCUUCUUUUGUAGAAAACGUAGCAAAUUACCGCAGAUACUAUGGAAAUCAAAAUAUAAUAAUCACUUUCGAGUAUUAUGGGGGUCGUACCCCCGGUGUAAUUAUCACGUGAUGUUGGCGGAGUCUCGCGACCAAUCAGGUGAUGUUUCUGAGAAAAAAAUGCGCAUAAUAAUUUCUCGUCAGACGAUAAACAAGCGCCAUCUUGAUUUUGUUGCUCGUAAAAGGACCUUGGAAUUGUCGUUUUCAUUGGAGAUGAUCUCGUGUUUUCGACUGUUAAACGCCCGCUAAGGUCUCAGGAGUUUCUGGUUAAGAGUAUUUGGCUGUGUUUUGGGACAAAUUGGUCAGCGAUGCCGCCAGUAAAGCGCUUGGCGCAAAAGCCGAGGUAUGUUGCAGCGAACCUAAUGUCGACAGGGUAUUGGUGAAAAUUAUAUGGCAUUCAUCUCGAUUAACUGUGGGAAUGCCUUACUCUGGUGUAAUCGGUCUGGAAAAGAGCAGCUUUAAAGGAAAAAAAACCACUGAUGUUGCUUUUGCUCUUUCUUUUUCAGAUCGAAAAGCACGGACAACUCGAGGUAAGGUUUAAACAUGUAUAAACUUUUUGUUGUAUCUCUUGUUCUUUCCGUCGAUUCUUGUUCUUACGGCGACGGACACAGCCGUGUCGCGCCGCCGAUACAAGUCAAGUAAUCAAAAAUGAGCCUAGUUCUCUCAAUAAUGUCAGCUGUGUUGAAGCGAUUGUCAAGCAUUAGGUAAAAAGACGGGAAUCACCAUAAACGGAAAUUGGAGGCCGUCUGUUUGCAAGUGUUUGCGUGUGUUUCAAGAUUAUCGAGAGCCGUAUACAAUAACUACAUCGGUCCCGCUAGAUUCUUUGGAGCUCGUGAGGCAGUAAAAAGAAGUUACGCGGAAGGCGUUGUGUGAACGAAGUGAUUUUUGCUUUUAAAUCAGCAGCGUUUGACUGUGCAAUGUUCAUGAGAAGUUGGAAUUUGUUUUCUUCGUGCAAACCUUGUACAACGCACCAAAGACUGCAAAGAAGUGCCGUGAAUUAAUUACCUGCGGACAUCAAUAUAUUAAUUUUCAAGGUUUUUGUGAAACGUGUCUUGUCUCCUUUGAAAAUUGUCGCAUCGUGUAACGACUCAAUUGACCAAGAUUAAAUUCGAUGCGAUCUCGAAAUUAUCCCGGAAUGUAGAAUAUCUUUGUUCGAUUUAGAGGGCUUUCGAGCGACCGCCGCUCAUGCACUGUGUUCGAUUCACAACAACUCGAAUCUCUAUUCCAUUCUUCAGAAUCCUUGAUCACGCAAACCUAUACCGUUUCAUGAAAAUUGAUAUAUUCGCCCUCAAAAAAUAAUGCUAGCCUUCUUUGUAUUUGUAUGAGUGGUUUUGAAGUUUGAGAUGAAUUUUCGGAGUGCUCUUGGGCUGGCUGAAGAAAUCAUGUUUACAUUUAGUUUGCUCCGUUGGUUAAGAUGUCUGUAGCUCCUUUUCAAAAAUUGACAGCUGUAUCGUGUCGGUUUAUUGUACAGAAAAUUUUUAAAUCUCUUGUGUAAGCCGGGUUCUUCGUGUGUGCGUGACUAAAUGAAGAACCUUUUGUAAAUCAAAAAGAAAUCGGAGAAUUUAACCACAAUUGAUAUCAAUAGUUCGUAGAGCAAUCUUAACCAUAAAAGAUGUUGAACUCUUUCGCUUCGCGUGGUGUGAAAAAUUUUUGACGCUUGUAAUUAAUUACAGGGCACUAUAAGGUUAACGGUAUUCUUCAUUCUUUUAUUUUUCCAACAAUGCGAAACAAAUGUCUCGCGUUUUAUGCCUUGAUUAACUGUUGUGUUAAUGUUUCUGUCCAUAAUUCGGUUGAUCAUGUUUUCCUAGUGCCAACCAGGGCAAUUAAAUUUGAUCUUCGUUUGGCGCACUGUUCCCGUUCCUUUUGUAUAUUUUACAAUGUGUAAUUUUAGUUGUGGAGUUCUGUUCUUGUUUACGAACCUGAUUUGAGAGUUUAUUCUUCUAUUUUUGUAAACUUUUGCACGUGCUUUGUAAAAACUUUACUUCUGUACGUAUGUUAGAUAAUGUUAUCGCACUAGAUAUGUCAUGUAUAGCAAGGUUAACUCCCACUCAAGGAUGCUCUAUGGUCUGUUGAAAAAUAGAAAAUUUUCAUAUUGUAGUACAAGUAGGGGGCUUGAAGGCACGAUUGAAAAAAAAAAAAGAUUGAGCUGUCAUUUUUUUAAUCCAGCCCAUUAUUAAAAUUAGCGUUGACUUGGUUUAGAUCACCACAUGGAGCCAAUAUCAUCCCAUUUGUUUUGAACACAAUGCCAUUAUCAGGUGUAUGCAAAAAUAUUUCUUGAUUGCCGUUAACAUCUCAUGCUUACCGCCACCUUUGGAAGUUUUGCAGUUCCUAAAAUCUUAGCCAAUAGAAAUUGAAAUAAUGUCUACUAUGUAACUAUCACAUUUCAUAGCUUCUUGGUAUCAAGAGGUAGUCAUUAUUUGAUGAUCAGUUGUAGAUGGAUUGAAUCAAUUCCACGUGGUCAGCUCCUCUGAGAAGCAUCUGUUUCUACACGCUGUCAUCUCCUUGCUUUAAUUUGUUUGAUAUCCCCAGGCCAUCAAGUUAUUUUGAUUUAUUCUCCACAAGCAGUGAUUGUUGCACAGGUUGUUAUAUUAAGUAGAGGAAACACGUUUAUAUAACCUACCAUGCUGGUACCUGUUUCAAGCAGAUAAACGCUGGGCAGAGGGGGAAAAAGUUGUAAGACAUUUCCAAUCAUAGAUUAAUAUGUAGUUUGUUUCUCUCUUGCUAAUUACCGGACAUGGACAUGGUGCAUUUAUGUCUCUUAAGCGGAUUGUCCCACAGUAAUAUCAUGGUGGUGAUUGGGACCAAGUAAACUAGCUCAACUGUUUGUGUCACACCUCUAACUUUCCAAACAGUUAGGCCAGUCUUAAGACCAGUGCAAAAUAGAAAAGCCUUCAUUAUUUGCAAAAACAAAUUUACCUGUCAUAAUUUUUAAAUCUAGGAAAGACUAAGAGUCACAGUGUCGGCAUCUGUUAGAAAGGUGGUCAUCAAUCUCAUUGCAGCCAAUUUUAGUGCAAUCAAUCUAAGUGGGGGUUAAACAUGGAAUAUUUGCCUUGUGUGAAUAUCACAAGUAACUCCACUUUUUUUUCUUUUUUUUUUUUUUCUUCAAUCAAAUAAUAUCUUCCACAGAACCCUGGCUAGCUUUGAAGUAUCCAUUCUUGGUUAAGUAUUAAUGCAAAAAUAUUGUGUUCCAAAAAAUUGCCAUUUUUUAUGGUAGGAGUCCCUUGAAUAGACCCAUUAGUUAUAUUAAAGUGUUUUGUUUUAAUUACCGUAGGAGUCUGUGUGCUUGAAAUUAUUUAUGUGGGUUUGUUGAAGUAGUCUACAUGCGCCUAGAUUCUCAUUUUUACAGUGUUACAUCCUGUUGUGACAGAAUCAUGGGGUGUUUUUGCAUCAUAGAGGAAAAAAUUAUUCCCUUACGUCAUAAAAAGCUUCUUGGUUUGCCUAACAGUAUCUUCAAAUUUUAUGGCAGCACUUUCAGACAGUUAAGUAAUAUGCAUAUCUUUCAGACAAAGUCGCUUGUCUGUGUAAGCCUCCUUUAAUAAGCGGGAAAUUAGAAGAUUUGUAAUCUCCACCAGGUUUUCACACAAGCAGCACGCAAAGAGUUUUGUCUGCAUGACAAAUAAAAUUACAGAUGUCACAAGGUAUCUUGCUUGAUAUCAACCAUACUUAUAUCAUAAUAACCUAAAAAAUUUUUACAAUUGAACGAAGUUGAUAUUUCCACUUGUUUAUCUGGUAAAUUCGCCAGCUAACAUGUAUUGCUUCCUCAACGUUUACUACAUUUCAUAUAGUGUAUCUACAUAGCAGAAUCAUGCAUAAAAAAUGGUGUUUAUGGUAUCAACAAUGAUUUCAAUAAAAGCUGGUUAUCUGUGGUGUGCCGCCGCCCACAAGAUCUCUCCGCCGUUUCUUUACUUGCAAGUCGGCUUUUGUAAUUGGGUUUUGCCUUAUGGCACAGCAGUAUAUUAUACCAUAGGCAGUUGCAUUUGAAAAAAGUUAUUGAAACCCUGGUUUCAUGUUAACUGAACAGAAAGUGAUACAAAUAUUAUAAUUUCUAACACAUCAGAAAACUAAUCUACAUUGUUUCUGUUUUCUUAAAUUUACUGGGAAGUAUGAGCAAAGCUCUUAUGACUUGAAGUCUCAAGACUCUUGUCUAAGAAACAUGGGACAUUCAUUUCCACAAAUAUUCCUUGAAGGAAACCAUAGCGAAAGCCUCAAAGGAGUAUCCAUUUGUGCUUCAGCUGCUAAUUUCCCUGUGAGGCAAACAACUGUUGUUGUUAAUAAGUAACAUAUAACAUUUAACUUUACUGAACAAAGACUUGUUUCUAGGUGACACUGAAGAUCGAGUUUGUGCACAGUAAUCCAAGGCAAGGCGAGGCAAACCAAAACAGAUUUCUCUACCAAUGAUAGUUAUCCUUUUUUUCCUUAACCUCAGAAUUGAGUUUUCAUAGCUUUUUGGUAUCAAGAGGUAGUCAUUGUUUAAUGAUCAGUUUUAGAUGGAUCGAGUCAAUUCCACGCGGUCAGCUCCUCUGAGAAGCAUCUGUUUCUACACACUGUCAUCUCCUUGCUUUAAUUUGUUUGAUAUCCUAAGGCCAAGUUAUUUUGAUUUAUUCUCCACAAGCAGUGAUUGUUGCACAGGUUGUUCUAUUAAGUAGAGGAAAGUUACUGUUAGAUUCUAUGCAAAAGAGAGAUUGAUACAAUGUCAAAUAUUCCAAAUCUGGUCAUUAUUGAUCAAAUUAGACUAGAAAACCAUUAAUCGCAUUCUAACUGUAACUUGAGAGAUACAUGUCUCUGGUAGAAUGCUGAAAAAGCCAUUCUUUCAAUACAUUUUUUUUUCUGAUGUACUUGCAUUUUGUAUUUAUUUCUUGGUUGCUAUAACAACCCCACAUUAGGUAUUUGUAAUCAAAUCACACACAAUUCUCCAGCUUAAUUUUGAUGGUAACUGUUGUUUAUUUAGACUUACAUUUAGAGAAAGGUCUGUUAAAAUUCUAUAACAGUACUGUGUUUCUUGAUAAAAGUCUGCAGAUACAACCAGUAUUCAGUUCUCCACAUUUUUUCACUCUAUCAGCUGUAAUUUGUGUAUUAAGGAUCAGGGUAAAGAAUAUGCCCUUUCAUAUCCAUAUUCAAGUAUAUUUGGUUGUUUUUCCCCUUGAUGUACUCAAUUGGACAACUUUGGUCCUGAAAAUGACAAAUUUAAAGAGUUGAGAGUAUGACUGUACACAAUAAUAAUCCUGUUACACUGUAGCAUGUUACUUUAUUUUCAAAUCAGUUUCUUCAGUCAUAUAUUGCACUGUUGUUAUUUGGUUUUCAGUUUUGUAAGGAAUCUCUGAUAUUUGGUCAAAUUGGUGAGUUUUUUUUACCAGAAUUGGUUUCAAAGCUUUUCAACUUUGACUGUAAAUGUUUUGUUAUGCAUAAAUUUGUGAACCAUGAUCUUGAAUCACUGAAGCUGAUAAAAUGAUUGUUACAUGUACUUAACAUGUACAUGGCUCUGGGGAAGAAGGCUCGAGAAGGAAAAUAUUGCAGUUACAACUGCAGCCUUUAGCAGUCACUAAAGGUAGUUGAAUGGUUGUGAAAAAUUUCGAAAAGUUUUGGCAGUUAGGUUUUUUUUAUUUAUCAUGUACGUGUUCGUGUUCCACUUCUUUGCUGACCAUUACACUUGUACAGUUUCUAUAGAAACAGAUCACAUAAGUUUUGUCUAAACUUUACUCCUCAGCGAGGUUGCAGUAAUUUAUCAGAACAUUUUAUCUGAAUGAAAUUCUAAAUAAUCUCAGGGAUUGUACAUUUUAACUUUUUUUGGCUCCAUCUAAUUUUAGAGAAGCUUUUUUUGAAUUGUGGUGAAUUUGCAUUCAUUCUUAUUGCUUAAAGAGCAUGACUGACAGGGGAGAAAGCACAUUGUUAAAUGAAAGUGUGCUUUCUGCUUCAUGGUCUCUUUUGUUCAGAACUGUCGUCACCAAAUGAACAUGAAAAAUUGAUCAAUUCUUGUCAAGCAUUUUUGGGGUGGAAAGUUUAAGGAAAAGAAAACUUACAUGCGAUAGUUUUCAAACAAAGUUGUUCAUCUCAUGAGAGCCAUGUACCUUCUACCUCUGUCGUGACGUUGCUUUGUAAAUCCACUUGAAACUUUUCAGUUGUUGACAGCAGAAAAUUUGAGAAAUGUAUUCUUACUGCAAUUAAUUCUGAACACCAAGUGCUUAGUAUCUCUCUUGGUUUUGUAGACAAUGGUGUCAAAUAAUCAAGGUUUCAUCUAAAGUUUGUGGUAUUAUAUGGUGACCUUCCACAAAUAUACCUUGUAUAUUUUUGUAUCAAUAGAGUGGUUAUUUUAGUUGGUUGAAACCAGGAUGGAAGGUGAGCUUGCUAUUUCUUCAGCACAAUGUCUCAUUACCACAAAUAUUCAUAGCCAGGAGGCACCAUGAAUAUUAAUUUUAACAGAUAGCAUGUGAUGUUUUAUUUCAUCAAAGACAUGUUAAUGAAAGCAAUCUGCAAAACAUGAUUUGGUUUGUGGUGAAAAUACUGCGGUUCACUUGUACAUUGUAUUGGAUGAGAUUGUACUAAUUUUAAAUCAUCUUUAAAACGAACAGUCCGCAAUUAUUUUUGAGAGUUGUGUUGUAACUGUUGUGGAGACAUCACGAAAUAUGUUUUAAAGCUCAGUUGUUUUCUUGUAUGGAUGUUUGUUCACAUUGUGUAGAAUGAUAUCUGGUUGUUAGAUUUAGGCCAACUUGUUCAAGUUGAAAUUUUUUUAAAAUCAGUGUUUGCAUGUACAUCUAGAUUCCUCUUUUACCCUGCUGUGACCGCAUCACUCAAACAUCCACAUUUGAAGGUCUGAAACAAUAGCUUUAUGGCUAUUAACUUUGUAAAUCAAUUAUCCAGUGAGUUAAAAGGCUUUAUGAACUGGACAGAGUAGAGCUUCAUAUUCCUUUAAAUUUCCAUUAGUAAAUACACGGUGUAAGUUUGGAAAAUUACAAGCCCCUUUUUCUUACUGCAGGAAAAUUGUGAAAGCAGCAGAAUGUUUCAAACUUGAAAUUUGAACAUCCACGUUUGAAGGAUUGAAACAAUAGUGCCUCGGCCAUUUACUUUGUCAAUCAGUUAUCCAGUGAGUUAAAAGGCUUUGUAAACUGAAUGGAGUAGAGCUUCAUAAUCCUUUAAAUUUCCACUAGUAAAUACAUGGUGUGAGUUUGUAAAACUACAAGUCCCCCGUAUCUUACUGCAGGAGAAUUGUGAAAGCAGCAGAAUGUUGAAAAUUUUUUACAGGUUUCACCAUUAGCUAUAACAGGCUAUUUGAUUCUACUUUUUGGUUUAGGUAAACUCAACCCAGCUUUGCAACAUUUUUUGGGAGAUAUACAUGUAAAUGUUAAAAAAAAAUUAAGUGAUUCAGACAGUCAUUGAGAAUCUUUAAAAUAUAGAAUGUGCUCUUUAGUAGAUCUCAGGUACUCUGAGCCACAGGCUCUAUUUAAUUGCACUCUCUUCAUUGUGAUAAUGAAACAAAGCACUCUCAUCUUAUUUCGUGUUAGGCUGAAGACCAGAAUUAAAAGUGACAAAGGGCUUAUGCUUGAAUCAUCAGCUUUUGAAACUCUUUAGUGUGGCCAUUUACAUUUUUAACUCAGUAAUCAAACCAAGUUAUUUUGCUAUACCCCUCACCAAUGUAACUGCAAAAUUUGUGUCUUUUUUUUUUUUAUAAAUUUACCCCCCUAGAGGCUUAAAACUGCCUCUUGGCCCUUCUUAUGAUAUGUUAAUGUAAAACACAGUUUCUAAUAUUUUGUAUCGGUUAAUUUUGUUUAUCUGGUGUGUGUGGCCCAACAAUAAUUAAGAGGAAAGAAUCUGGCGGCAUUCUUAAUGUUUGUUUAGUAACUAUUACUUCAAAGCAUGUUUCUUUUGCUAGCCUGUUUCGACCACAACUGUUGUUUAUUUUCUCUGUGAGGAUUAUUGCAGCCAAUGAGGGAAUUAGCAGUUCAUAGUGAGAUGUUUCCCUUUGACGAAUUUUAAAGCCUUUUUUCAAUCUCUUGUCUCUUUUAUUGGUGAGUUUCAUUGAAACUCUUCUUUGUAAUUCCAAGUGGAUUAUAAGGCAGUUGUUAGGAUGGAUUAAUUUUCAGCUUCAACACAUGUUGAUUGAAAAUUCAUGCAAAAUUAUGCAUGUCCUUGUGGUCAGAUUCAUGUUCUACACCUUGUAGGCUAAAGUCAUGCUUUUUUUACUUUUCCUAUUUACACAAGAAGUGAUCGCAUUGGCUUUCAGCCACUUCCUGUUGUGGUUAUCUCCCGCUAGUCGGUUUCUUUGUAUUUUGUGUUAUCUUCAAUUUCAACUACAAAGUUUUUCAUGACCUUGACAAGGACAUCGAGUGCCACGCUGAAAACUGUAUGAAGAACCCUUCAAGUUUUUUAAUGUUUCCUAAUUUGUUAAUCAGAGGUGCUAUAAGAUAAUUUUUGUAAUAGGAAAAUAUUUUCUUUGUCAAUAUAGUAAUUACAGAAAGUUUUUAUUCCUUUUUCCCUUUUUGUGUCAAGUACAGGCAGUAUUCUGUUCCCCAAGGCAAUAUGUUUCCCUCAUUAACUUACAUGUACAGGUAUGACCUUGGAUGGCUUUUCAGAUUCAAUGAGGGAAGCUAAAACAAAAACCAUUAACAAAGACAACCAUUGGAAAAAAAUUCAAAAGACAAGUACUUAGCAUAUCUUAUGAGUUUGAAAUUUGCAUCAUCAUGCAACUGACCAUCAUGAGUUUUAAUGAUUGUUAUUUUUUGUAAAUAUCAGAAGCAGUUCUAACUAGUAUUCAAUGCAUUUAGAAAGCAAUUUAAAGGCACCUCUUGCCCUUCUUUCCCAUAGGAAUGUUAGUUAGGUUCAUGAAGCUUCAUUGCUUUAUUGUUUUGGUGGGCUUUGGAUGAGACGUGACCUAAACACAAAUAAAAUAUGCUGGAUAUGUAAACACGUAUCUUAUUACAUGCACUUGGAGUCUACCAGAUUUAUUAAUUAAUAACCAUUUACGGCGUUGAAAAUAACCAUUCUUUAUGUCUCUUUUGAGAGAAACUUGAAACUGCUGGAAUUAAGUUGAAAACAGAUUUAUCUAGGUCCUUUAAUCUUUCCUUAUUAGGAAACUUUCUGAUCAUGAAAUUAUGAUCUGUUUUAUUGAAAGUAACCACUACAGGAUUUCACCAACAUGUGAGAAUUGCUCAAUGUAAUUAGUCUUGAUUGGAACUUUUUGUAACAUCAAACAAGUUGAUUUUCCUUUUUCUUCCUCAAAAUGAAAAACAUGUUCUGUAACUUGACAAUUUUCUACAAAAGCGUUUAUUGAUUGUACGUGCUAUUGAAUAAAACACCCACCAAACAUGUGCUCCUUAGUUGGGAGUAAACAGACAGGUAUUUGAUUAACCCUUUAGCUCUCAUAUAAAAUAUGUAUUCUCCUUACUGUCAACCAUACAAUUGUUAUAAUGUUAGUCCAGAGAAUUUUAGUAUUGAAUCAACUGAUUAUCCCUAUAUUGAUAUUUUUCUUUAUUCUCAUCAUUUGUCUGGUUGUUAUUGUAUUGAUAUUGUAAGGAGAAAUUCUGUCUUGGUUACUCAUGGAAGUUAAAGGGUAUAUAUAUAUAUAUAUAUAUAUUGUAAAAUGUGUGUUUUGUUUGUUUUUUUUGUGAAUUUAAUUUUCAAAUCUAAGUCUCCUCUUUUAUGUACAACUUUUGGUUUUUGAAGAACCCAAUUAAAAAAAAAUUAUAAUAAUUGCACCACAACUAAUUAAUUGUAUCAGUGGAGUUCUCGCAAAAGAAUUUCUAUUUGCAUAGAGGUUCUUCAAGAACAGAAGAAGAAAAUUAGAAAUAAAAAAAGUGGCUAUUGUACCGUUUUGAGCCUGUGCUUAUUAUAGCUAAGUUGUCUUUUACCAGGGUUCUGCUAACACAAGAAUUUUUCUGUUGUGUUUCAGAGUUGUUGAGCUUCGUAAAGAGAGAUCUCGAGAUGCUGCAAGGAGCAGACGUGGAAAGGAAAAUGCUCAGUUUGAUGAGCUGGCCAAGCUCCUUCCACUACCCCCUGCCAUCACGUCGCAACUGGAUAAAGCAUCCAUUGUUCGUCUUACAAUCAGUUACUUGAACAUGAAGCAGUUCGGCAAGAGAGGUAGAUAAAUCACUUUUGCUUCUGUAGCAAAAUAACUUUGUGCAUUGCUUUACACAGUUUGGCCAGUAUGUAUUAAUUGUAUGGUAGCCCUUGAUAGCUGCUGAGACUGUUUGCAAGAGAGCGCCCUCAGCUCACUUAUUAUCUUGUUAUUUUGAAAGGGAAACGUUUUCGCCUGGGUUCAGAAUGCUCACAGAUGUCUGUGUCAUCUGCAUCACCCAUGUCAGAUUUGGAUGGAGGUAAUGAGAUCUUCCCUCCCUAUGCCAGAUUCAUUGUAGCUCUUGAGAUCCCAAGAUCUGACAUUAAGUAGUUUGUGUUUAUAGGCAAAACACGUCACUCUCUUGGUGUUCCUCUCCACCAAGGAGUAUAAAUGAAUACCAGUGAGUUGUCAGGGAAGCCUGAUGAAAUAAUGGGGGGUAACCUUGUAAUGACCUGCAUCUCUUCAAGUGGAGAGUAGCAAUACACUUAGUUGCUUCAUGUUAUGGAAACUGGGGUUCUGCUUUGGCUGUUCGGGGUGGGGGAGGGGAGGGGGGGGUGAUUUGGCUUGAGUACAUUCUUUACCUAUACCUUAAUUAUAACUCUUGUUAUCACACAACAAUACAGUGACUUUUAAGCAGGACUUUAAAAGUGCAUUGCAGGGUUUUCAUUAAAUAUUGUUGUAUGAGGAGGGAUUUUAUUUACAUGGGAAUUUAACCAAAAAAAAAUCUUACAUGUAGGUCAUCAAAAUUAGGCUGAAGAAUUCUUUGUUGAUGUCUGAAAAUUCUUUCAUUUCGGAUGAAAAAGAACACCUUGCCUUGUUGAAUGAAUAAUGUAAAAAGCUUACUGUGUUAUAUUAUUUUCUUUUAGAACUUCAUACAGAGAGUCCCUCUCCACCUUCCUCCAUUUCUUCUCCACCAGCUGUUGCUAGUACCUCUACAGGUGAGACAAAAAGAUAGAUUAAAAUAAAAUUAAAAAAUGAACAGUUGCACCAUGGGCAUCUGGUGUCUUAUUUUUCCUUACAGUUUCAGCCUUGAUUCAGAUGUUCAGGUCAUGAUAGUAAUGGAAAGGGUCACCAAUUUAACCCUUAACACUUAACCCCUUGUUAAUAAUUUUCCUUGCUGUCUGCCAUUCAGUUCUUGUGAGGUUAGGUUGGAGAAAUUGGUAUUGAGUCAACUUAUAGUCCCCUAAUUGAUAUUUUUUUUUAUACUCGUCACUUGUCUGCUUGAUUUUUUAUUGAUGUUGUGGGGAAAAAUUCUCUCUUGGUCACUCAUGGGAGUUAAAGGGUUAAAGAGCUCAUGAUUGUAACAUACAUGUAAAGGGAACAUUGUGGAUGUUGGGGUGUAACUGGUUUAGAAAUGUUGCUGCAAGAGAAUAGAUUUGAUGAAGAGGUGAAUAAAAUGAAAAGUAGCUUCAGGGUUGAGUUAAAAAUAGCUUACUGAACAGAAGUCUAUGUAUGGUUAAGGUAUAUGCAAGUGGUACUGUAGUUGGAAGAUUCUGCAUGUUAGAGGGUUCUCUGAUUUGGAAUGCUUAAUGAACAUCUCAUAGGUUACUUUCUCUCUCACUUUGUCACAACUUAAGUUUUACCAAAUUUUGAUACAAUCAGGAUGGGCACCUUGUAUCUUCAAAGAAUAUUCCUUUUUUUUUCUUCAUCAAUUUCUUCAUUGGUAGAUUUCCUUGUCUGAAAUUUUAAACUCUCUUGUUGUUAGGUUCAGUUGUGCCGUACAGCUCAGGCAUCAAUUACGGUGAUCUUGCUGCAAACAGUGGUAUAUUUUUGUUGCAGGUAGGUAUACAAAGGGAUGUUAAACCUCCUGUCACUCCCACAAAUGAAUAUCAGGGAUUGUGUUUACUUAAAUUUGUGUAGUAUUGAAAGCUCACUGAACAUGAAUUUUUCUUGAAGAAAGCACAGAGGAAAGUUGAUUUGUAAAUCAUAGACUGAAGGAUUUUGUCCAAGAAAUUCUUAAUUUCUACCACACAUGAGAUAGAAUGGGUUUUCUUACCUGUGCUUAUCAUGUUUUAUUCUUCAUUAGGCAUUGGAUGGAUUCCUGUUUGUUCUUUCCAGCGAUGCAAAAGUCCUCUAUGUUUCAGAGACUGUGUCUGUUCAUCUUGGACUGUCACAGGUUGGUGUCUGACAGACACACCUAUAGUCAAACAGAGAGGUAGGCAGGCAGACAGUCAGACAGACAAAUUCUGACAGGUAUAGCUUUAGUCAAACAAAUAGAUAGACAGACAGACUGACAGACUUGCUGAGAGGAAGACAGACAGGCUGUGAGAUAGACUGAUGGUGGGCUGAGAGGCAAGCAGAUAGUAGGCUGAGAGACAGAUGGGUAGAAGAUAGACAGACAUAUAGGUAUACAGGUAGCGAGUCAAGAGACAGUCAUUAAGGGGGCCAGUGUAAGUGACUCCUGCUAGAUUGCUACAUUCUGCUAGCUGUCUUUUAUUCUUAUGAAAAACAGGGAGAAGUUAAUUUUGCUUUACUCUUACUCCAUAAACCCUUUUAGAUGAUAUUCCUAUUAGCACACUAGUCUUCAAGGUUUGACAUUGACAGGGAAUCUAAAAUGGAUUAUUUACUACCCUUGGGUGAAUAUCAAUACACUGUCUAAUUAAAGUGUAAAUAGUCAAAUAGAUCAGUUGAAGGAUGUUAAGUUACUUAGUUAUAAUCUUGUAUUCUCUCAACUUAUUCACAAGGAAUUAAAUAGAAGUUAGAAGGGUAGAAGACAUAAAAAUGUCAAAAUGUUUCUUAACUAAAAAGUGUGCAUCUUUCCCAUUUCCUUAUUCAGGUUGAACUGACAGGAAGCAGCAUGUUUGGCUACAUUCACCCAGAGGAUCAACAGGAUCUUGUCAAUGUGUUGCAAAAUGCAAAGGAAGAAUUGGAAAGCAAUGGAAACUGUACGCCAUCAUCAUCAGGGAGAUACACAGAUGAUAUUCCUUUCUUUGGAAACCAGCCAGGUAAGAAUAGCAAACAUCAUGGUGUGUUAAUCAAAGGAGUCUUGAAAAUCGAAAAACCAAUAUUGAUAUGACAGCCAGUUAAAAUGAAGAGUUAAUAUCAUUCACAUGUAGCCAAUGAGAAAUACAUUGUAUUUAAUGAAUGGCUAUUGAUAUUGGAGAUAAUUCCGAUUCAGUUUGGCAACUGAUCGGUUCAGUUUGGCAACUGAUUGCUUGAGAAGAUGGUUUUUGAGGCCAUUUUUUAGAGCUUCAUGGAGCAAAUCCAUCAUUAUCCUAGAUUAGUUUUGACAGUGAAUUAAGAAUCACUCUCUAACCCUUUAAUAGUGAUGAAAAUCUGAUUUCUCUGUACAUUAUCACUACUAAAUCAUAUAUGAAUAUUUUGAGAAUACAUGAAAUGAUCAUCCACUCAAGAAGCCCUUGACUGUUAAACAAAUUCUCCUUGUCAGUACCACAGGAAAUGUAUAGAGAACAGUAUGGAGAAUAUGCAUACUGAUGUUAGGGUGUAAAGGGUUAGGGGGACUAUUUAUGAUUCUGGUUUUUUUUUUUUUUUUUUUUUGUUUUUGUUUUUGUUUUUUUUUUUGUGUAUGUGUGAACAUUUCUUGGGUUGAGUCUGCCAUAAGUGUAGCUUAUGUCUCCUCUGUAGGUAUGGGUGACUAUGUAUCCCUGAACAAGUAAGUAAAUCUCUACUUGCAUUUUUUUCAGGUUUUCUUGAUGAUAAUGGACGGCCCAAUGCAGAGAAACCAAAAUCAUUCUUCUUGCGAAUGAAGUGCACUCUGGUCCGCAGAGGAGGUUCUUACACCAAAUCAUCUGGUUUCAAGGUUAGUUGGGCUGUGUCUCAAUCAGUUAUUAAUGGAUGACAUAAACAUGUAUACCUUUUCGUAUUGUAGUUAGGAGUCUUUCAAAAUCUGGUGCAAUUUCCAAAGUAAACCACUUGUCUGAGUAGCUCUGAAACAGAGGGCCAGAAAUACAGUCAGUCUGUUACAAAGUAUGCAACCAACUAGAAACAUAUUCACUCCUCUGAGAGUGAUUAGGAUCUAAUUUCUCCCCCAACAUCACUGUUGAAUAAACCAUAAAGGUCAUGAGAGUAUUGGAAAUGAUUGCAAAAUAAAGAAGCCCCAGACUGUCAAACAAAUUCCCCCAGUCAGUGCCACAGGAAAUGUCUUAAAGAUACAAAUGUAACAGAGCUAUGAAUAUGAAUAUUGUGUUGGUGUGUAAAAAGGUUAAGGGGACUUUUUAAGACAACAACUAAAAUUGAAAUAUCUGUUAUAUAUUGUUGUUUUUAUCAGUAUUCAUAAAAUGAUUUUCAUGUCAUUAUUAUAGAAUACAGUGAACACUGUGACUUGAUUCUGGGAAUCACAAUAUUGUUCCAAACUUAAUAGGCUAACUAUCAAUGACUGUAGAUAUAUGAAAAUCAUAUUUGUGAACUGUGGUUUAAGAAAUGAAUUUUAAAGCUAUCAAAGAGAUCACCAGUUCAAAUCCUAUACAGGCCUGAAUUUUUCAGGCCCUAUUUUCACCAUUGCCUUGGUAGUACUCUCUGGUUCCACAGGUAGCGUGAAAUGAAUGUGAAAGUGAUCCUCAAGUGACUUGUUAUAGGCAGUAGUGAAAAUAAGACUUGAAAAAAAUUCAGGUCUGCUCUGGGAAGAUAGCUUUCAAAUUUAUUUCACACUAACUACAGAACCAGAAAGUAAUAAUUAUCGCAAUUUUAAGUGUCUGAGUUUAUUUGUUUCUUGUGCUUCAUUUGCUUUAGAACACAAUAGAAUUUGAUGAGUACUUCUGGUGUUUGUGAUUUUCUGAAUUUCCCAGUCACAUGAAUAAAAUUAAUUUCUUUUCUUUUUUUUUUUUUUUUUUUUUUUUUUUGCUGUGUGAUGACUUUUGCAGGCGCAUGUGUCACAUGACAAGUCUUAAUAUUGACUGUGAGAUAUUUAUCUUCUGCAGGUUAUUCACUGCAUGGGAAGAAUGAAAGCAUAUUCUGCCGGUGGCCUUCCUGGGCCCAAGUAUGCAUUUGUGGCAAUUGGACAACCUCUGCCUACAAUGAACAUCAAUGAGUUACCACUGGAGUGUAACAUGUUUGUGAGCAGAGUAAACAUGGAUCUCAGAAUUGUUUAUUGUGAGGGAAGGUAUGUAUGGGAGGUUAUGUUAUGUUGAAUGCCAUCACUGCAUGUACUUCCAUUGUGAUGUGUCAUUGCGAAAACCUAGGGAAUGAUGAAUCUUUUCAUGUUGUUUCAGACAGCCUUUACACAAAUUUUAUAAAAGAAAUAAUAAAGAUUCUUUUUUUACACUCUCUGAUAACUGAGUCCAAAGUUAUCUACCUUUUUUUUUUUUUAGAAAUUUUGAUAUACAACUAUAGUUAACUUAAAGUAGAAAAAAGGUCUAGAUGGAGUAGGGAGUAUAAUUAAAAACUCUGUCCUAAAUUGGCAAAUUGUACUAGAUGAUAAGUUGUUUUUUUUUUGUCUUCUUCUUCUUCAUCUUGUAGAAUUCACAAGUUUAUGGACUAUUUCGCCCGAGAUAUUGUGGGGAUAUCAGCAUAUGAUUUCUACCAUGGCAAUGAUAUUGCUAUAAUCCAGUCACACCACGCAAAAUGUAAGGAGUAACUUUUAAACCUCUCUUUGCAUUAAAAUUGCUAAGUUAACUGACAGGUAUUUUAGAAUCGAAAAACUUAUCAGCUGUUGGUUGACGUCCUGGUUAAAAAAAAAAGAAGAAUAGAAAAAAAAGGAAAAAAUAGACUUUUAUCAAAGAAACCUGUUAGGUUUUUCAACCUGUCCCCUCUGCUAACUAUGUUUACAAGAUUUUAUUCGAGUUAACAGCAACAUAGAUGACCCUAAAGCCACCAAAGAAUAAUGAUUUUUUAACCGUUUCACUCCUCAAGAUCCCAUUAGUAAUUCUCCUUACUGUCUGUCAUACAAUUCUUAUGAGGAUGCUUGUGAGAAUUUCGUAUUGGAUCAACAGAUAAUCCCUUAAUUCAUAUUUUCUUUCCUCGCACCACUUGUCUGCUUGAUAUUGUAUUUUUUUUUUGUAUGAAGGAAUUCUGUCUUCGUCAUUCAUGGGAGUUAAAGCGUCACCUUUCUUAGGCAUUGAUUGUAGUUACUGAAACAGUUAAUUGCUUUCUCAACAGUCCUAACAAAAGGUCAAGUUCUUACCAAGUACUAUCGCUGGAUGAACAAAAAUGGCGGCUGGGUUUGGAUGCAAACCAAAGCUUCUCUUAUUCCCCAUCCAACAAAUCCAGAACUCAAACAAAUGCUCUGUCUGAACUACAUUGUGAGGUAAAUACUUCAUACAUGAACAUGAACAUGAACUCUCAAAACUUAAAUGAGUGUGUGAACAUGUGCAAAAAAUGUAGCAUUGCUUAGGCAGCAAUCUAGUGAUGUGGUAUGGCAGUUUUUAAUAUUUUUGAGGGAGCUGGGCACUAGGAAUGCGGCUGACAUACUAGGGUCUGGGUUCAAACGUUGGCCUGGUGCAUCUCCUCAGACUAUUGUAUGGUGCUCUUAGGAAAAACUCUUUACAAUUAUGGCGCCUCUCUCUAAUUAAUAGUUCAAAUGGUUAUGAUUGGUGUAGAGUAUGAGUGUCGCUCUAUCAAGGAACUUUGACUUGAUCAGGAAGUCCGUUUGUUUUUACUUUGAGUAUUGGAGCGCUCUUUGAUCAAGUGUCACAAUACAAAGGCGCGGGUAAACGCGGACGAUCAAUCCGUGCUUGAUUUUAGUUUUGCAUCUGAUGGGUUGAGAAAGAGGCGCGAGUUUUCUGGACCAAUCACGGAACAAAGAAAGCAAAACCAAUGGAAUCCCAGAUUACUUGUGGGCCAUCGUAAUUACUUUGGUUUUUAGUUUUACGACACACAUCUAACAAAGGGCUUCAACUAAUAACUAAUUUAACUUUUUAACUCCUAAGAUUUAAUUGAUAACUCUCCCUACUGGCUACUACACUUUUUCUUGUAAAUCAGUUGUGAGAAUUUGGUAUUAGAUCAAGAUAACAACAACUACCUGAUAAGAUUCGAGUAAUCUCUUCAUCUGUUUGCUAGGUAAUGUAUGGUAUUUAUGAAGAGUUACAUCUUAAUUGUGGGAGUUAAAGGGUUAAAGCGUUGCUGAUUUAUGUUUGUCUUUGAUAGUGAUGUGGAACACCGCGGUGUUGUGCUUGGAAUGGCGCAGUUGGAGGACAAACCACCUCUCACUCAUGCUUAUAUCACUGAAGUGGAAAAUGAGUCAGAUACGACUGGCGAGCUGAAAGAUGCACAAUACGACGAUCAAGUCAUGAUUUAUCCAAAGUGGCAUGAAACAUGUAAGUAUUAGUAUCAGUAACAGCAGCUGCUUAUGACUCAGUCACACAGUCAUAACGCUUUUUUCAGUCAGAUGCACAUGUCCGUACCCGAAACUGUUGACCAGACUUUCCCGAGCUUGUGAACUCUAAGAGAUAAAUGGUGUCAAAUCAAAGAAUACCUUCCUAUUGAUAUUUUCCUUUCUUCUUAUCACCUUUCUGCUCGAAAAUGUGGUGAUGUUGUGAUGAGAGAUUCCUUUGGAUCUUUCCAGGUAGUGAAAGGGUUAAUUAGAAUUAUCCAAUGCCUAGAGUUCUUCUUUAGGGUACAAAGAGAAAGAAAUUUUUUGCCUUUAAACCCAAAAUCUUGGGGUUCGAUUGUCAAAAACGCAAGGAUAUGUAAAGGAUUCAGUUUUAAGUUUAGAACGCUUUUCCGUUUCACCAGUACUGCAUCUAUGUUCAGAUUGCUGUCAGAGGGUGAAACUACGUUGCUUUCCUCGUCACUUGCUACACACGCUCACGAAAACGCACGCGGUCACACGCACACACUUUCACAAAACUUGCACCUACAUGUAUUCGGCUACUUUUGGUUGCUUGUGUGGGAAAGAUUUUCCAGUCGUAACCUGAUAUAGCUUAUUUAACUCUCAAUUAUCUUCUUUUUAGCUGACAAUCUUGUUCCAAAACCCACAUUGAUUGACACCAUCGCCCUCGACCGGACGGGUUAUCCCAAAACCACGUCAGCUGAUCUCACUGGGUUUGAUAAUGAAGUAUUCACCACCACAGCUGAACCAUGGGGUCAAGGUACCUCCAACACCUGGAGUAACCACCACACAAUGUCUAGGGGCAACAGUAUUCCCGGAGAUGGGGGGUCGACUAGUACCUUGGAAGAAGACGUCGAAGACUGGGCCAAAAUGAUCCGAGCUGAGCUGUCAGAGUUAGAUCAAAACAUCGUUAAUUACGUGGCAACUGGAACUGAUAUCCCUCAGCCGGACGCAAGCCUUGAAUCUUUACUACUGAAUCGUGGCCUGGACGGAUUGCCGUCUAAUGGUACGAUCCAACAUUUGGUCACACCAAAGAUUGAAGAAAUUACAAUGGAUAGUGAUGAUUUUUCGCUGUCCUCAGUACCUGGUGUAAACACUCAGACUAUGCCUCCUGUCAGUAUGCCACCACGAGCGUUUGAAAACUUGCCUAUAGAUGAUUUCGCCCGUGACACCAAACCUAACUUAAUUCCCAUGGAACUUGAAGGUGCCAUGAGUGCAGUGAGUGGAUCAAAGCCUCGCGGCAGCAACAACCCUUGCAGAUUUGGCAAUGCAAAUUCUUCUGGGGAGAGGAGAUUCCAACCUAAGGCGCCGCCCGCAUUUAGUCAUCCGAACAAUGCUACUCCUUCGAGUACUCCUAUGAUGAAUGUAACAUCACAAACGCAAAGUAUCCCCACUGCAAGAGCUCCAAACACCAUCACGACAACGCAGGGUAGAAAUACUACAGGAAGGGUUCCACAACCUCCAAGAGACGACCUGGCACCAACAGGCAGUGCAACGUUUAGAGUUCCAACUGACGCUUCACGAUUUUCAAAUCCAAAUGAAGGAAAGAUGCAGUUCUUUCAACAACUAAAAGAAGUGGCUCCUCAAGAAUUGAACUUCACGGACCAAAUGAUGGUUGAUCUCAUCGAUGAACUGAUGGCCGAUAGAGACCAAAGUAGAGACAACAGGUUAGCAGCACUCGUACAGCAAGGAGGCUAUGCCCAGGUGGAGCAGAUGCCUGUGAUCAAACAAGAAGUGGUAACUCCCACGUUACCAGAACCAUCAAGUUCAUUUCCAAGUUUUUCGGACAGCAUCGCAACACAGAGUAGUCAGCCUCGUGUUGUUAACAGUUCUUUACCUUACACAUCUUCAGACACUCUCAGCCGGCUUCCAGGAGGUCAGAAUACAUUAGUUACUCAGCCAAGAGCUCCACAAAAUGGAACUGUUCACAACCAAGCCCUCCCGAUGAGAUAUCAAAACGGAAAUUCUCAUACUCAGCUUGUAAACCAGGGGGAUAACAACAUGAACUUUUUGAACUGUUUACCAAAUGAAAGUGUGACCAGCACGCAAACUGGAACAUCGACAACGAGUAACAACAUGUGGAACACCAACUCUGGUUUUAAGCCGAAUCCUAUGCAACAAGGAAUACGAAACUUGUUACAAAGCAACAACAGUGCACCGCCCAUGCAAACCACAAACGUGAAUUCGCAGCUAAAUGUUGGCGUAUUUCCUCAGCAGCCCGACAUGACUUUCUUGUCGCAGCAGAAUGUGAACAGCAUGAUGCCUGAGAACGGCACUAGAAAUGUACUAAGUAACAGUGUGAUAACUCCGUUGGACCUGCAAGAGUUGAGCUCUCUGAUCCAGUCCGCCACCCAUCCAGCUCAGAAUUAUCCGAACAGCAAUGGUGGCUCCAUACCACAGCAUUAUCAUAAAUUAUGACAAUCGUAGGAGCAACUCUCUCAAGGCCAGUUGUAAACAAGGUGCUUGCCUACGGUAGUGUUGGCCCAUGUCUUCCAGGUGUAAGCUAGUACAAUAAUGUGCUUCAGUACAAAUGAUCAGUGAAGAGUAUCCUAUUCACUAUUGUGCUUCUGAUUUUAUCAAUGUACAAAUCUUCAUGCAUAGAAAAGUAUUCGCAGAUUGGUGGCAGAAUUCCUUGGGUCAUUCCAUUUUUUUUUUCCAAUAUGUACAUAAGUAUAAAUUUAUAAAGUAGUGUUUUCAUUAGCAUCCAAAAGGUGUCAAAGCAGAAUUUUAGUUUUUCUCUUGGACAGAUAAUGCGUAGAAAAGAAACGAGCUCUUUUAUCUCUGUAUAUAAACGUUUCUGUUAAUAAUUAUUAGCAGUAAGGUGCACAACAAAAUAGAAAUUUAAUAGCCCCGUAUCAAAUAGUAAAACGUAUCAAUACCAGUGUAAGGUUAUAUGUUUACGUACAUGUAUUUAGUCUCUUCAAGGUACCUUAAAGUCUUUUUAUGUAUGGUUAGGGGUCUGAAACAAUUGGCUUUUUUAUUUGAAUUUGUUUGAGCAUUUGUUAGGGUGUUUGUGUUACAUUUUUGGUCAGAAACUUCGUGAGCUUGAAGCAAAAUUUAAAAGAUAAUGCAUGAUGCUGUUUUGCUUGCUCUACAUUAGAGUUAAAUAAUUACUACACCUUCUGAAAGCAUAUAUUCUCUAAAAUUUACUUUCCAAAUCCUGGCGGUGAUCUGGUUCUCAAUGCAAGUUACAGCAGCAGUGGUAUUGUUUUGAUUUUAAUCAAAUCAAUACUUGGUGGAAUUACACAUUUCAGCUUUGUUCAAGCCAGUUAGCGAGGUGACUCUUUUUAUUAAUCAUAGAGCAUUAUUGAUAUUUUUUAAGUGUAGGAAGUUGAUUAAUUAAUUUGCUAAAAUGCUGAGUAAUGCUUUACCUUUUCUUGUUUGCAAAGAGUGGCGAGGAUUAACAUCACAAUUAUUGCUUUUCUCCAAUUGUUCAAACCCAGCUAUGACAAAGAUUAGCUUGAAUAAUCUGAUAAAAAUACAAGAUAAGUGAAUCUUAGUUCGUUUGCGUGAUCAUUGACAAAGCUCAAAAUUUCGUAAGUGCUUGAAGAAAAUGUCAAGAGGUUAAAUAAUUGUGAAGUCAUUUCUUGAGAGCUCAUUGCAGUACAAAUGGCCUCAUAAAGGUAAUCGAAAUAUUGGAAUGAAAUUACUUUUAGAUAAGCCUCUUGAACCGAAGAUAGCUGCUUUUUUUACAAAGAGAAACUUACCCCUUGAAAAAUUACUUAUGCUACAAAUGUUCAUUGUUCCUUAAAGCAGUUAUGCUAGGGCAUGCUUUAUAUCCUUAACGGUGGCUUGACAGGAUUUGCUACAAGUAGGCGUUAUUUUCAUAAAAUAAUUUUCAUGAGUUUACGAAGCUAGAAACAAAAAUUUUAACGUAGUACCAUGCAGUAGUAGAUUCCACGAAGUGAGACGUGUAAUGUUGUGUGAUAAUAUUGUUAUGCACACUCCGCAGACUUGCAUAUUUACUUAUUUACUUAAUACAUUUAGGCUAACAACCGCAGAGAAUAUUUAGCGCCAAUGUUGUGUAACAUUCGCCUGGCAGGCCAGCUCACUGGUAUGGCUCCACCCUAGCGUGUAAGGUCUAGGUACAAGAGUAGUGUAAAACUUUCCGUAGUCAAUUUUCUAUCACUUCUGUAUUCUUUGUUUUUGUUUUGGCGAGCGUCAAAGCUCCCCUCAAGUGUUUUUCAUCAUAUAUUAAUACUUUGCGAGUCAAUUCCAUUAGUGUUGGAUUUUGCCUCCCUAGUUAGAUAUGAAAGCGGUAAUCGUGUUCCCUAGAGGUACAUAGAAAUGACAGUUCUUCGCACAAGUCGUUUAUAAUUCACCCAGGAACUCCAAUGGGAAUGUAGUCACAGUAUGCAGGAUAAAUUAUUUCACCUAAUCUCUUUAAGGCGAGUCCCUUUCCAUUGAAACUUAGUCUAACCAUUACCUCCAAUUUUUAUCUCAGUUAAUUUCCCAAGUAUUAAAAUUCAUUCGACCUGUUUUGAUUCGGCUCUUUUAGAACCGAUUGCGAGGUGCGUGGGAAGAGUACUUUCCCAGUUGCACUCAACACUGACAACUCCUUCUACCUUCCUUGUAAAAGUUGUGGGAGGCUAUGGGUUACCCCUGAGAAGAAAUUGCCUUUACUUACCCAUCCCUCCCGUCUAUUACUGUCUUUUUCUAGGAUGUGUGUAUGUGUGUUUGUGUCAGGCAGAGAAGAACACUAAUGGAAUUAACUUUGUUGAAAUAUAACAAGUAUAAUAAUCCAAUUCGUACAUUAUUCGUGGGAAAGCAUAUUUUCCAUUAAGACCACUGCUUUAUGAGCAAUAAACUGUAAAGAUAACUAACAUAUGUGGCUGGUUGUCGUUUUUCGCAAUCGUAAUUCUUGUAAGUAUUUUCCAG